AUGUUCGCUGAUUUUUUGCGAACUUUCAUUGGCAAUCGUCGUCGUUCAAUUAUGACUGAUAAACCGAUUUCAUUUUCAAAUUAUUCACCGACGAGUUCACCACAAUUUAUUUUCGAACAGACGUUAGCAGCUGUAUUAAAAGAUCCGAGCACGAAAAAAAUUGGUCUCAUUGGACGUUAUUUGGAGAAAACUGCUCUAUCUUCAAUAAUCGAGCUUAGAUUUGGUCAUUAUGUUGAGAAGCAGUAUGUGUGUCUUUUGAAAAUGUUAAUUGUUGUGAACAAUGGAGUAUUUGAAUUUGUGCAAAUUAUUGCGCCUCAUGAAGAUUGGUCAUACAUGGAUGCUUCUCAUAGACAGAUUGAUAUUCUUCGCGAAAGUCGAUACAUAGUUUAUCGCAAAAUGAGCGUGCAAGCCAAUAUUCAUUUGAUGCAGACAAUAAUGCCUUGCAUGGAUUUUCGAAAUGCGCAUACGCUUUCUUAUAUUUUCACUCUUUUUGCCAAAUUUUCGAGUGUAUUCGAUGUAAAAUGCCGGUUUUGCAAAAAAAUUAUGAAAGAUUUCUUGCCUCCACUUAUAUUCGACAUGAGAUAUCCAAAAAACGCUUUACAUGAAUCUUUGAUAAAAAUGUAUUGUAAAAUGAAAUUUUAUGAUUCAAUUUCCAUUUUUCAGAAUAAGAAUGUUGUCGAAAAUUCAGAAAAAGUUUUGGUAAAUUCGUCACCUUUUUAUUGUCCAAUUUGUUUCGAAGUAUUUUCAAAAACUCCUGUAAUUCUUCCAUGUGGCCAUUCAUUUUGUGAGUCGUGUAUUCUAGAAUCAUACGAAUGUGCUAUAUGCCGUGCCGUUUUUCGUGAAACUACACAGUUAACAAAGAACUAUGCUUUGAAUUCACUGCUAGAAUCGAUUUCUGAAGUUGAUUUUGCCUCUUCUCAAUCUCUGGAUGAUACUUUGCAUUUAGCUACUGUAAUAACAGAUUUCACUUUGUAUGAUAUUCAUACCAAGUAUAAACGAUUACUGCGUAAAGUCAAUGAACUGGAAGAUGAAAAUGGCAAGUCUUAA